GCUUCUGCUGGUUGAACUCCAGAGUUUCGCCGAAUUCUCCGCACCGCAUAUGUAAAUAAAAUAAAAUAAAGUAAAUUUUUAACGGCUCGGCAAUCUGAAAUAUGUAACAUUGAGGAAAAAGAAUUUGAGGAAAAAUACGAAAAUUCGAAGGAGGAAAAAAUUAUCGGCCGGAUAACAUGUGAUUCUCGGAGAAAAGUGAGGGAACGAGGGUAAACGUCGAGAGGCGGAGAGGUCUUGACAGCAACGGUGAUGCGUUAACGAACGAGAUUGAACGUAGGUUUCCUUCGACGGUGGCGAUGAUCGUUUAACAAACACCGGGCCAUGGAGGACAGUAGCAAGGAACGCCGGGUCCUGCAGCACUAUGUUGCCAAGCAAGACACGUUGCGUCUGGGAAUGCUUGUAGAAGCACUGGAGGAUUUGAAGGAGAGCGUGUUGAGGGUGCGCGUGACCGACACCGUCGGCGGAUCUAAGACCUGGUGCGGCACGGAAUGGCGUUGCCACAAGUACGACCUGAUCCCCGUGUCGCCGAAGGUCUGGCAGUACCUGCUCGCCGUUCAGUCACCUCAGGAGAGAGUACGAUUGGCGAACGACGAGGCUCUGUGCGAACAGAUGAGAAAUGUGUCCGUGAACGAUGUGGUCUGGCACUGCUCCGACCCCGCUAACAGACGUGCCAGAGAACUGGCGUUUGUCAGAUACAUCGGACCCGUGCCGAAACUCGGAUUGGGACAUUACUUUGGCCUUGAACUAGUGGAAAGUCAGGAACUAUCCAAAACAUCCUUAUUGGCCAAAGAAUAUUUUAGCUCCACACAUUGGAAUGCUGCUGCAAUAUUAGCCACUAUAAAUAAUAUAUUACCUUACAAAGAAACCGACUCAAUCUGCGGCAUUGAGAAAACACCGUUCUUGAAAAAUAAUGCAGGAACUGACUAUGCCAACGAUAAGAAAAAAUCUGUGCUUGACAGUACACCAGCUGUUCUGUUAGAACAAUUUACUUUAUUUAACGACAACAAGAACAACAACCAAGAAUCUGUCAAUAUACUGAAGGACCGUCAUCAGGCUGGAAAAUCGGAUCUUGAAAAUGAUGUUAAUAACUAUACCAAAACCAUCGAUCACGCCCUUUUUAAAUGCGGAAAUGGCGAGAAGAACGAAGUCAAAAAAUUCAACAGGGUAGAGAAUAAGGGAGAUUUGAUGGUGGGCUCUAAUGUGAAAGUACUUUUGGAUUCUGAUGUCCAUUAUGGAGUUAUUCGAUGGAUCGGCACACCGUCCGGUACAAGUCCUGGCAAAUUGAUGGCAGCUGUAGAGCUGGAUAAUGGACAUCCUUUAGGUACUGACGGAACUUACAAAGACACCAGGUAUUUCCAUUGUAGGCCUUACAGAGCUGUAUUCACAGACAUCGAACACUGUUCUCAUUACGAAAACACGAAGCUCGACGAACGGCCUGCGCUUACAAAUAACGACAAUUUCGGCAAUAUGGAGAGUUCCGUAAUCGCGGGCAUAGUACGGCCUAUCUCCGUUAAGGGAGACUUGGAAAGCAUAUGCGGGAAGUAUCGUGGUAUUCAAGGUCAUCAUAAUUCGUGCUAUUUGGACGCUACUCUUUUCAGCAUGUUCACAUUUACCAGCGUAUUUGACAAUCUCCUGUUUCGCCCACCGAACGAAAAAGAUUGUCCACAGUAUGAAGAAGUGCAAAGGGUCUUGAGAGAGGAGAUUGUAAAUCCAUUGAGAAAAAAUAUGUUUGUCAGAGCGGAUCGUGUAAUGAAGCUUAGAACGUUGCUCGAAAAACUGUCGUCGGUAUCCGGCCUCACUAGCGAAGAAAAAGAUCCGGAAGAAUUCCUAACGUCAUUAGUCGCCCAGAUCUUGAAUGCCGAACCAUUCCUCAAAUUAAGCUCCGGACAGGACGCCUAUCAUUAUCAGUUGUUUGUCGAGAAGGACGAUCAUUUAAAUCUACCGACCGUGCAGCAGUUGCUGGAACAGAGUUUCCUGACCAGUAAUAUCAGACUGAAGGAAGUUCCUUCCUGUCUCAUCAUACAAAUGCCGCGCUUUGGAAAAUCAUUUAAAAUGUAUCAGAAGAUACAGCCUACGUUACUGCUCGACGUAACGGAUAUUAUCGAAGACUCACCCAGACAAUGUACAGUGUGCGGCAAAUUGGCAGAAUUCGAGUGCAAGGAGUGUUACGGGCAAUGCGGCGUCGGUCUCGAAAGCAUAGCUUUCUGUUCACAGUGCCUCGAAAAAGUACAUCGUCAUGAACGAAGAACGAAUCAUGAACCAAAGAAGCUGACUGUACCUAUGGAGUUUACAAUUCUGCAAGAACAUUGUCCGGUACCGCGUCUGUAUCUGGAGCUAUCCGCGGUGGUCUGCAUCGAAACUUCGCACUACGUUUCAUUUGUAAAAUGCGGCCCUGGCUCGGAAGCACCAUGGUGCUUUUUCGAUUCCAUGGCCGACAGAAAAGGAGAACAAAAUGGAUACAACAUACCGGAGAUGGUGCCAUGUCCAGAUUUUCCUUACUGGUUGAGCGAAGAAGGAGGAAAUUAUUUGACCGAAUUGACAGACGACCGUCAUUUACCGGAACACGCGAAGCGCCUACUUUGCGACGCAUACAUGUGCAUGUAUCAAUCCCCGGAUGUUAUGAUGUACAAAUAA